AAUUUGGCGCCCCUUUGGAACACGAUCCCGCCAUUUGCUGUAUACUCUCGCGCGCUUUAUAUCUUCCAAGUUCCAGACCCUUCUAAUUCAGCCUUCUCUUCCAGUUUUCUUGUUUCUCUAGUCGAGUUGAAAUCCGAAGCCGUCCGAUUCCACUGCAAAUCCCCGCGAACUAUCACUCCGGUAACUCGGUAAGUCAUCGCACGGCCAGUUCUACUUGUUACUCUCUUUUCUCUGUGAUCCUUCUAGCUAUGGAUUCUCGUUGGAGCCAAAAGGGUUCUCACUUCUCAGUGUCGCCAUUAGUCCAGAUCCUCGUUUACCGAUUGCGUUCUCAGCCGGGAUAUCAAUCCUGAUUAAGGUUUCUGUGCCUUCUCUUUCGGGGGGGGGGGGGGGGGGGGGGGGGGGGGGGGGGGGGGGGGGGGGCGGGGGGGGGGGGGGGGGGGGGGGGGGGGGGGGGGGGGGGGGGGUCUUGAUUUGUUCCCAAACCCUAGAUCUUCUGCUUUUGAAACCACCAUCACCGCCUCCAAUCGUUCUUCUCCUUCACAGCGGCGCAGUCGCAUCCUCUCUCACCUAACGAGCAGACUUCGAUCUACUUCCCUUUUGCGCCAUCUCGCCCUCAUCUCCUCCCCGGUCCGCCAAACCCUAAUUAUGUGAUUCUGUUUUCCACCCGCUGUGAUUUCCUUUAGGUUUGCGAGAAUCGAUCGAGGUUCAUAGUCUCGUUGUAUCCUAACCGACACAUCAAUCCCAACUUGAUUGUCUUAGAUUGACUAUGCGUUGCUCCACAUGUUUUUUGUUAUUGAUAUGUUGAAGUUUUUGAAGGGGAGGUAUUGUUGAUCCAUGUUGCUUCCAGACUCCAGUUAGCCAUUCUUUAAACUAAUGUUGUGUAUAUACUGAUCCGUGCAGAGAUAAUGGACACAUCAAACCCUGCAAUUCUUGUGAAUGGAAACCUGCUGCCAACACAUGUGAGGAAGAGGGUCAGGACAGUGAUUCAAGUAAUGAACUCCGAUCGCGGUUCAGUCAUUGGGAAAUCCACAGAUGAUCAGCAGCUAGUCAUAAAGGGCUCCCCGCCAUCUACGCCACUCACCAGGUUUGUGGAGGUCAUUGGCAUUGCUGAUUCUGACAAGUCCAUCCAAGCUGAGAUAUGGACAAACUUUGGUGACAACUUUGAUGCAUCUUCCUUCAAUCAGCUUUGCCAACUUGCAAAUGGUGAAUACCAACACUUGUUCCUGUGAGCAGCAGCAGCACCCUGCAAAUGGGUUUUAUUUAGUAGCUCAGUAGCUUGUGAAUUUUGCGAUCAGAUGAUGGUUCUGUUUGUUUGGUUCUGAUAGUGUUACCUUUAAACAUGUAUUGUCUUUAGCUUUUGUUGGGAAUGGAAUUCAGAAUUCUGGGUCUCUACUCUCUAGUCUGUAGUUUCUGCUGCAUUGAGGGCUCUGUCCGAGUUUUUGUUCGUAUUUGGGAUGCCUUGCAUUAUGUCCAGCAAAUUUGGGAUCAUUUUGCAAAUUUACCAAACGAAUGAAGAGCGAGAGCUAGAGAGAAAUUUCUGUUUGGGACCAUUUAACAUGGCUGGAGGAGAGGAGACGGAAGAAAGGUGCCUCAACAGGGGUGAACUUGUGAUGAUGAUAGUACUUAUUUGGUCAUUCAAUUCAUUAAUUUACAUGUCACAUUGAGUAUUGAAUUCGUUUUUAAUAGAUGCAAAGCCCUUAU